AUGCGGCGGCAAGGGGAACUUGCCGGCGAGGCUAAUGGCUAUGUUGAGACAGACUCUUCUGACCGAUAUGGAUGUGUAAGCCCCUCUCUCUUGUGCUCACAGUGUCAUAGUAUACCACUUUACCCAUACUUGCCUUUCAACCAUGUUAGUUCCUUGUUUGGUAAUUAUUUGUUGACAAAAGGCUUAUUAUGCAUAGUAGAGCUACUGAAGGCUGGAGCAACUAUAAUACUUCACAAUGCGAAGAUAGACAUGUUCAAAGGAUCAAUGAGGCUUGCAAUUGGUAAAUGUGAUCGAGUUGAAGUCACAGACCCAGCUGAAUUUAUGGUUAAAGAGAACAACAACCUUUCAUUGGUGGAAUAUGAACUUGUGAAUGUCGUGGAAGAUUGA